UCACUUACUUGCUUUUCCAAUAGUGAAAAGGAAGAAGAUGAUAAUGAGAAAAGAGAAGAUCCAGGUGAUAACUGGGAAGAAGGUGGAGGAGGUGGUGGUGGUGUAGAAAAGUCUUCAGGUCCCUGGAAUAAAACAGCUCCAGUACAAGCACCUCCUGCUGCAGUAAUUGUUACAGAGACCCCAGAACCAGCAAUGACUAGCGGUGUGUAUAGGCCUCCUGGAGCCAGGUUAACCACAACAAGGAAAACACCACAAGGACCACCAGAAAUCUACAGUGAUACACAGUUCCCAUCCCUGCAGUCCACUGCCAAGCAUGUAGAAAGCCGGAAGGAUAAAGAAAUGGAGAAGAGCUUUGAAGUAGUAAGACACAAAACUAGAGGUAGGGAUGAGGUUUCAAAAAACCAGGCCCUUAAACUUCAGCUAGACAACCAGUAUGCUGUGCUUGAAAAUCAGAAAAGCAGCCACACACAGUACAAUUAAGGAAUGGUCUUUGCUAACGCUUCUAAGGUAACUAGGCCGCAGCUAACCACCAGGAACAGCCAUUCGUCAUCCGACCGCUGCUGGACCCACAGCCGAUGCAGACCACUCGGUAUAAGUGACCGGCCCUAUGGUGCUGGGGAAGCACAGGUGUCACGGCUGCUGUUUGUAUAUAUUGGAUUUAGGGGGAUUCUCAUUGUUCUCUAAGUGCGUGAACUAGAUUCAGCGGUGUUCUUUCAUUAUUACUCUGCAAAUACAAAACCAGAAACUGCAGCCAGUGGUCAUUUCAAAAUGUUUUUAUGUUCAGAUACUGAGCCUUCGUAAGGGCUGACUACCUCAGGUUUGCUGCACUCGUUGCGGACUUCAUGUGGAUCACAACUUCUGGACACGAAGGUUACAGCUAGUAAGUGUCGGUGUGAAGGUUGAGACCAGCUCUACUGGAUUCCUAUCAGAAAUCCUGCAGAAAGUCAGCCAUCUGGGUUCUGAUCUGCUGUACAAGAUGAAGAUUUAAGUGACCUUAAUUAACCUGCCCUGUGCCCCACCCUUAAGGAUACUCCGUAGUGGGCUGUGUUAGACUUCUGGAACGUGCCGCUCUCAAAAGAACUCCUGUGUUCAGAUAAUCUCUGUAGGGUUGUGAUUUUAUUAUUUAAACUUUGAGUUGUAUUCUGAGGUAACCACAAAUUAAAUUCAGCCAAACUUGGGUCCACCAAGUGGGAAAGGGGGUAGGGGAGGGAGUAAUCUUAUUUCUUUUAGUAAUUUUUUAUUUGGGUAGUGCUUUUUCUGUGUUCACACAUUAAGGCCUUUUUUUUCUUUCCUUCUUUCUUGACUUGGAAUAAGUUCUUUGACAGAGCAUAUUGCUUGGUUAAAUAAGUGACCUGAAAUAUGCAUUAGAAUUGUGAAAUGUCUUGUGAAUUUGCCAAUCCCUAGAGUGGAACCAAAUAGCCUUUGGUGUCAAGGGCAGUGGAUGUGAGGGGCUCUACUUCAGGUGCUGCUAAGCCUCCUCUAAUCAGGUCUAAACUGCAGGGGAAAGAGUAUGGGUUCUGCUCAGGCCAAGGGAUUCACUGACCGGUCCUUAUCAAUUCAGAGCAACAUGAGCAGAACCUUAGCCUAAAACCCACGUAGGUUUUCACGGAUCUUGCAUGAUCUUUGACAAGAUUUCCAGAUACACUUGUGCCCCAAUUUUUCAGGUAUUGGACAUUCUAUAGAUGCAGUGAUUGUGCCAGUUUAGCUCUGUUACCAACCUUCUGGUAUGUCUUUAUGUUCAUUUGAAGAGUCAGGGGCGAAGACAGGUGAUGUAGCACUUCUGUUUUUAAUAAUUACAGCUUAAACUAUCCAGUAAUUUUUGGUCCUUAAAGGGACUUCAGGAAGCUACCCAGGAUUACUGAAAAGUCCAUCUAAUGAGAUAGUCUGGUAAUGUACUAGUUUUGUAUCUUUGGUUCAGUAGAUAUAUUUCAAAGUGGUAUGUGACCACUUGACGCAGAGUCUGGGUUUCUCUCUAAUAAAUCCCUUUGCCAAAUGCAGGAGUUGCAGACUUGCUACUGGCAAGAGUGAAGCAAGUGAGCGAGUAAAACUAUCCUGGUGUGGGGGCAUAUCUCCUACAGGAGUGCAGUCUUGAUGAAAAGUGUCAGUGCAGGAAUCGGCUCCUGGGAGGUCACAGUAUCUCCUGACAGGACCUGCCCACCACAUCUGGGCCAGGAUGUUGGCGUUGUUUGAGGUGGCAGGCAGGGUGCCUGCCUUCUGGGGUAUUGGGGUGAGCAGCUGAGCCAGCCAAGGAGAGGUUGGAUGAUUAAACAAGAAACGAGGGAUUCUUGGUUAAACUGAAGACUUCAUUUGGGAACCAAAAAUCUUAACAAAUAAUCUCUUGGACCUUGAGCCACAUAUUUCCCCUGAAAAGUAUGCAUUUUUUUCCAGCAAAAUUGCGUUGGGGGUUAUGUUACUGAGGAAUGAACUGAGAUGAAUAUGUGGAACUUUUAUUUAAUGGCAUACUAUACUAGAAAUCUGAAGACCUGCAGGAGAUUUAAAAUUCCAACUCUUGUUAUAACUUUUUAAAAGAUUGUGAAAUUAUAAAAAUGCACAUGAAUCAAGUUUUAAUAUACUGUAUGAUGGGUGGGUGAGGCUGUCCAUUGUACCAUUUCUUUCUUUGAAUUCUCAGGCAUGGUUUGGCAGUGCAAGAACUCUGUAACAUUAACAAAUUCAAUAAAAAGUAAAUAUAUGGA